UACACAGAGAUGCCAUGCUCAUAAACCAGAUUUCAGUUAUACAAAUCCUAUUAAAAGCAUUGUUUCAAUGUUUUAAUCAAAAGACUAUAAUCAGUGAAUUGCUUUAAGAGACAAAACAAACAAACCCAGGUAGAAAUAUUUAUCAUUGUGGAUCUUAUAUUUUAUUGUAUACAAAAAUAAUAAAAGUUCUCAUUUAUACUAAUUAAAACCAGAAAAAUAAAAAAAAUGUAUGCUCAUGAAAAGCUGUUUUUUGGGGGGGGGUUAGUGGCAAUUAUAUUAUCACCUAUUUAUAGGCCUUUUUACCAGCACAGCAUGUGUGCAUUUGCAUAAUGCUGACAGCUUUAUCAACUCUUCCUAUUUUGUUCAUUGCUAGAGUGGAAAAUGUGGUGAGAAGCAGCUUCCCUAUUCUGACAGGCUACAGUCACAGUCAACACUUUACUUAUCUGGCAGAAGUUAAGAACAGCCACGCAGCAGCACUAUAUGACAGGGCUGUACUAUAAACAUGCUAGUAAAGUCAAUUAUUAAAGGCUGAGUUAAAGACAGCAAAUGUAUGGAUAUAUUGAACGCUCGUAAACUGGCUCAUUUGGAAAUUAGUUCGAAUAAUGGGUAAUAUGCCGGCGAUACUGAAGUCUAGAGAGGACUUCGUACAGACUACGACCACUGCCAAUCUUCCAUCAAGCGUAAGUGAAAAGGAGCCAGCAGUGGUGUUGAGUGACUAUCCUCCCCCUGAAAUUUGCGAGCCCCUGUUCAGGACAGGAGACUGGCUGAGACUCGUUUCUGAAGAGGGCUACUGGGUGAAGGUUUACUCUCUCCAGACAAGAGAAGAAAACUACAUCCCACGCUGUCAUGUAGCUAAGGUUUACCAUGGGUGGUUGUUUGAAGGUGUUGCACGACAAAAAGCCGAAGAGCUGCUUCAGCUGCCUGGGAACAGAGUCGGGUCUUUUAUGGUCAGAGAGAGCAGAAGAGGUGUGUAUAGCUUGUCUGUGCGCCAAAGAGCUAUAGUGCAUUACCGGAUACGCCGUCUGCCAAACAACUGGUACUUCAUUUCUCCACGGCUAACGUUCCAGUGCCUAGAGGACCUGGUCAACCACUACUCUGACAUAGCAGAUGGUCUGUGUUGUAUACUCACUGGUCCUUGCCUGGCAGCCCCUGACCCAGCACGCAUCUCUCAGUCUGCUCCUAUACUGAGACCUCACAGCAUUAACUGGACGACAGUGGACAGAAUGGAGCUUGACCAGCAGAAUACCACUGGCGCCUCUGCACAACGGGAAUCUUACAUCAGUGCUGGACUGCAGGACAGUGUAUCAUCCUAUCUCUCUCUGGCAGGAGUGGAAGAGAAAAAUAGGCAUAGCAGGAAGAGGAAGAAGUGGAGAUCUAUCAACACAUUUUCAAGUCGACGUAUGUACAGUGCGGUUACAGAGGAAGAGGACAACGAGGAGGACUAUUAAACAAAAAGAACAAAACAAUCAUAAGUAAAAUCUAUACGCCAAAUAGACACAUCUAAGGAAUACGUUUCUUUUCUUUCUAUAGUUUAGGAGGACAACUUGACAUUGUCGCUCAAACAAAUGAAGUAUUUUGCUCAAACUGUUGCACCAUUUUCACACAGUUUCCCACCGUCUGCUCCUUAUUACCAAAGAUGGACAAAGAAUAUUUAUUCUUGUACUUUGUCCUUUAUCCUUUAUCUUGUGUACCAGCCACUCAUUAUUCACGCACUUACCAUAAGCAAAGCCUGGUGGAACAGAGAUGAGGAAGAGGAUGAGGCCAGAUGAAGGCUGGCGAUGUCGGCACCAUUUCUGUCUGCUCCCACUGUCACUCUUGUGGGGUCUCCUCCGAAAAGAGCGAUGUUCUCCUGUACCCACCCCAGUGCCGCUGCCUGGUCCUGCAGCCCAUAGUUCUCAGAAAGAGUACUGGAACCUGUAAACAUGAAGCUAUGUGAACUAAAAGGCUGUGAAUGAGUUUUUACAAUCCACAAUCCAGUCAUCUGUAACUAAUGGAUACCAUAGUUAACAAUAGAAGUCAAAAUCUGUGUUAUUACACCAUAAGAGUCCACACUAAAAUUUGCACCUAAAGCGUAGUAUUCUUCAAAGAUUAGAAAGUUAGUGUUGUCUGGAACAGACUAGCUUCUUACUAUGUAAUUAAAUAAAUAUGAUAAAAAAAUAAAGCUAUAUAGUAAAAACAAUGUGUAUCUGUAUGUUGCCGGAGUGUAUAGUGCCUGUGCUAAGGAAUCCGAAAGCAGCCACUCUGAAGUUUGCGAUCACAACGAUGAUGUUUCCUACAGCAGCGAGGUAAGAGCCAUCUAGUAAGCUGGAGUCAGCAUUAUGGAAGAACACUAGGACUGAAGUAGGCUGCUUCUGUAACAUAAACACACACACACACAAAAUCAAUAUUGCACUACAGAAGGCAGAAAUAAGAGUUUAUGGGCACACUAUUUACACAGUAUAUGUGCAUUAAACAAUGUUGUAUUUUUGUGUGUGUGUGUGCGAGAGAGAGAGAGAAAGAGAGAGAAAGAGAGAGAGCGAGAGAGAGCGAGAGAGAAAGAGAGAGAAAGAGAGAGAGAGAGAGAGAGAGAGAGAGAGAGAAGCUCAUCAGGACCUACCACACUGCUGGGUACAAAUAUGUUGAGGUAGAGACAGUCCUCACUGGAGCUGGAUUUAUCAGUGUCACCAGGCUGAAGACAAGAGGGCCUGAAACAUAUCCAAGAUUUAAACCCAAAUAUCCAUACAAUAAGCAAUUGCAAAUCAGCACAGAACAGGACUGUAAUCAGAAUUGGCAACUUAAGUCCAAAAGUGCUUAAGUUGAUUUUCCGGAUGCACCAUUCAGAUUAUGCAAAUCACAUAGUUCACGCCUCAGAAACUGCCACAUUUUUUCUUGAGUAGAGGUGUACAGAGAAGAGACCACCUUGCCUUUAAGCAUGAAAAAUUUGGGGAAGAGAAAAUGCAGAAGAAAGAAGCAGUUUUUUUUUCUUUGCUGGCAAAACAAUGAUAUAAAAGCAAGUGAGGAUUUAAAAGUUGCAGUGUUUGCAUUAUAUUUUUAGCUCUUGCGUUGACAUAUAUAUUAAUAGCACUGGAUUUUACUUCAGAGUUAUAAAAUCAUAAUGUUCGCAUGGGAUUUUAUCCUAUUUUUGCCAUGCUUAUAAUUAGCUCAUUUGAGAUGUCAUGUUUAUAAAAUAAUGCCAAUGUUCUAGUUCAUUCGAGGUGCUCUCCUGCAAAAGAAAAUAUGCAGACGGUUUGACCAAUGUUACAGUUACAGCUCACAUUAAGUGUAGUUCAUAAUUUUAUCCAUAAAAAUGUCGUUCUUUGAGAUGCACAAUGUUUCCAAUUAAGAUGCUGUCUCCUCCGAUGUGCAUGCUCAAAUUCCCUGCAACUGUCUGAAGAGCGCUUAAGUCUGUAAUUAUGUUUGAGACCUUCAUACUGAUGUGAACAAUUACAGUAUUAACCCCCCACUAUGUGCAUGUAACUCAACUCUGAAUACAGCAUGUGGAAACAGAAGUAAA